AUGGACGCGGUGCUGCUGGAGCAUUUCCCGGCGGGCCUGGACGCCUUCCCGCCCGCCUACUUCGACGAGGAAGACUUCUUUACCGACCAGACCUCCCGCGACCCUCUGGAGGACGGCGAAGAGCUGCUGGCGGACGAGCGGGCCGAGGUGGAGUUCCUCAGCCACCAGCUGCACGAGUACUGCUACCGCGACGGGGCGUGCCUGCUGCUCCCGCCCGCGCCCCCGGCCGCCCCGCGCGCGCUCGCGGCGCAGCCCUCGGGGAGCCCCGGGGAGCUGGAGGACGGCGGCGGCGGCGGCUACUGCUGCGAAGCGGGAGCGGCCCCCGGCGCCUUCGCCUUCUCGCCGGCCUCGCCGCCCUCGUGCCUGGCCUACCCGUGCGCCGCGGCGGCCGUGCUGUCCCCCGGGGCGCGGCUGCGGGGCCUGAGCGGGGCGGCGGCGCGGCGGCGGCGGCGGGUGCGCUCGGAGGCGGAGCUGCAGCAGCUGCGGCAGGCGGCCAACGUGCGUGAGCGGCGGCGCAUGCAGUCCAUCAACGACGCCUUCGAGGGGCUGCGCUCGCACAUCCCCACGCUGCCCUACGAGAAGCGCCUUUCCAAGGUGGACACAUUGCGCCUGGCUAUCGGCUACAUCAACUUCCUCAGCGAGCUGGUGCAGGCGGACCUGCCCCUGCGCGGUGGCGGCGCGGGCGGCUGCGGGGGGCCAGGCAGCGGCGGGCGCCUGGGCGGGGACAGCCCGGCCGGCCAGGCCCGGAAGGUCAUCAUUUGCCACCGGGGCACGCGGUCCCCAUCCCCCAGUGAUCCGGAUUAUGGCCUCCCUCCCCUUGCGGGGCACUCUCUCUCGUGGACUGAUGAAAAACAACUCAAAGAGCAAAACAUCAUCCGAACAGCCAAAGUGUGGACCCCAGAGGAUCCCAGAAAACUCAGCAAGUCUUCUUUCAACAACAUAGAAAAUGAACCGCCCUUUGAGUUUGUGUCCUGA